AUGGAGGAGGAGGAGCAGCAGCGCGCAGGGACCGGCUGGGCCGAGUGGGGGCCCGGCCCGGGGGGAUCCCCGCCGUGGGUCCCCCCGCCGCCGCCCGACGGGGACGAGGAGCCCAAGCGGGGCCGCGGCGCGGACUGGGGGGGCCCGGAGCCCUCCGGGGACGCGGGACCCCCCCGGCCGGCGGCAGCGCCCCCCAAAGCGGCCGCGGACGAGAAGGCCGCGAGCGCCCCGCGCCCGCCCCGGGCCGGGGGCGAACCGCGGGGUAAGGGCGGGGGGGGACCGGGGAAAGGCCCCGGGGGGCGCCCCCCGGGCGAGGAGCGGAGCCCCCGCAAAGCGGCGGAGGAGCGCGGGGCCCGCGGCGGGGAGCGGCCCGGCGCCGAGGACAGCAAGGCCCGGCGGCCCCUCGGGGGUCCCCGCGGGGAGUGGGGGUCGUCGCCGUGGCCGCCGGGAGAAGCGGAGCCCCCCGAGGACUUUUUGCCCCCGCCGGAAUGUCCCGUGUUCGAGCCCAGCUGGGCCGAGUUCAGCGACCCCCUGGGUUACAUCGCCAAGAUCCGCCCGAUCGCCGAGAAAAGCGGGAUCUGCAAAAUCCGACCCCCGGCCGACUGGCAGCCCCCGUUUGCUGUCGAGGUCGACAACUUCAGGUUCACCCCCCGCAUCCAGCGGCUCAACGAGCUGGAGGCGCAGACCCGGGUGAAGCUGAAUUACCUGGACCAGAUCGCCAAAUUUUGGGAAAUCCAGGGCUCCUCCCUCAAAAUUCCCAACGUGGAGCGGCGCAUCCUCGACCUCUACAGCCUCAGCAAGGUGGUGAUGGAGGAGGGUGGCUACGAGGCCAUCUGCAAGGACCGGCGGUGGGCGCGGGUGGCCCAGCGCCUCUCGUACCCGUCGGGCAAGAACAUCGGCUCGCUGCUGCGGGCGCACUACGAGCGCAUCAUCUACCCCUACGAGAUGUACCAGUCCGGGGCCAACCUGGUGCAGUGCCACGCGCGGCCCUUUGAGAGCGAGGAGAAGGACCGGGAGUACAAACCCCACAGCAUCCCCCUGCGCCAGUCCGUGCAGCCCUCCAAGUUCAACAGCUACGGCCGGCGCGCCAAGCGCCUGCAGCAGGAGCCCGAGCCCACCGAGGAGGACAUCGAGAAGAACCCCGAGCUGAAGAAGCUGCAGAUUUACGGGGCCGGGCCCAAAAUGUUGGGUUUGGGGCUGGUGGCCAAGGAUAAAACCCUGAGGAAAAAAGACAAGGACGCCCCCGAGUGUCCCCCCACGGUGGUGGUGAAGGAGGAGCCGGCGGGGGAGCCCCGGGGGUCUCCGGCGCUGCCGGGGGGCGCGCGGGACGGGCGGGACGAGCUGCGCCACAGCCCCGAGCCCUGCACCAAGAUGACCAUGAGGCUGCGCCGCAGCCACAGCAACAGCCAGUUCGUGGAUUCCUACGUGUGCCGGAUCUGCUCGCGGGGGGACGAGGACGACAAGCUGCUGCUGUGCGACGGCUGCGAUGACAACUACCACAUCUUCUGCCUGCUGCCCCCCCUGCCCGAGAUCCCCAAGGGCAUCUGGCGCUGCCCCAAAUGCGUCAUGGCGGAGUGCAAGCGGCCCCCGGAGGCGUUUGGCUUCGAGCAGGCCACGCGCGAGUACACGCUGCAGAGCUUUGGCGAGAUGGCCGACGCCUUCAAGGCCGACUACUUCAACAUGCCCGUCCACGAGGUGGGUGGCGCCUUCAAAGCCGACUACUUCAAGGGGCCCAUCCACGUAGGUGACGCCUUCAAGGCUGACUACUUCAAUGUGCCCGUCCACCGUGUGGUGACGCCGCCCCGUCCCCAGGAGUACGCGGGCAGCGGCUGGAACCUGAACGUGAUGCCGGUGCUGCAGCAGUCGGUGCUGUGCCACAUCAACGCCGACAUCUCGGGCAUGAAGGUGCCCUGGCUCUACGUGGGCAUGGUGUUCUCGGCCUUCUGCUGGCACAUCGAGGACCACUGGAGCUACUCCAUCAACUACCUCCACUGGGGCGAGCCCAAGACCUGGUACGGGGUCCCGUCGUUCGCGGCCGAGCACCUGGAGGAGGUGAUGAAGAAGCUGACGCCGGACCUCAAUCCCUUCCAGCUCCCCGCGGGCAGGCAGUGCAUCGAGCACUACCGCCGCCUGCGCCGCUACUGCGUCUUCUCGCACGAGGAGCUGAUCUGCAAGAUGGCCGCGAGCCCCGAGAAGCUGGACCUGAACCUGGCGGCCGCCGUGCACAAGGAGAUGUUCGUGCUGGUGCAGGAGGAGCGCAAGCUGCGCAAGGCCCUGCUGGAGAAGGGCAUCACGGAGGCGGAGCGCGAGGCCUUCGAGCUGCUGCCCGACGACGAGCGGCAGUGUGACAAGUGCAAGACGACGUGUUUCCUAACCCCCCCCAUACCCCAUCGGCUCAGCCUGGGGGGUCCCGUUUGUACUUUUGGGGGGUCGUGGGCGCCCGUGGGGUGCUCGAGGUGACCCCCGGUGCCCCCCAGGUACCGCUACACCCUGGACGAGCUGCCGGCCAUGCUGCACAAGCUCAAGGUGCGCGCCGAGUCCUUCGACACCUGGGCCAACAAGGUGCGCAUCGCCCUGGAGGUGGAGGACGGCCGCAAGCGCACGCUGGAGGAGCUGCGGGCGCUGGAGUCGGAGGCGAGGGAGCGCAAGUUCCCCGAGAACGAGCUGCUGCACCGCCUCAAGGGCUGCCUGGGCCAGGCCGAGCGCUGCGUGUCCGAGGCGCUGGGGCUCAUCAGCUCCCAGGAGACCGGGGUCCCGGCGCCGCCGCUGCCGCUGGAGGAGCUCCGGGCGUUCCUGGAGCGGAUGAAGCGACUGCCCUGCGAGAUGCACGCGCUGGGGGCCGUGCAGAACGGUGACCACUACCCGUGCCUGGACGACCUGGAGGGGCUGGUGGCCGUGGGCCGGGACCUGCCGGUGCGGCUGGAGGAGCUGCGGCAGCUCGAGGUGCAGGUGGGCACCGCGCACUCCUGGCGGGACAAGGCCUCCCGCACCUUCCUCAAGAAGAACUCCUGCUACACCCUGCUCGAGGUGCUGUGUCCCUGCGCCGACGCCGGCUCGGACAGCAGCAAGAGGCUCAAGUGGCGGCAGGAGCCGGGGCUGUACCGGCUGGACGCCGAGAGCUUGGGGCUGUCGGCGCAGGACCUGCGGGACCCCGGUGCUGUGACCAAGGUGUCGGUGGAGAACGGGGACGCCCCCAGCCCCGAGAAGAACGGGCCCCUGCCCUCGGAGCUGGAGGCGCUGAGCGCGGCGCUGCCGCGGCUGCAGGGCCCGGUGCUGGAGCUGGCCGGGAUCCGCCCCGUUCACCCCGCGGUACCCGGUUCCAGAUCUGCACCGUUCACCUCGCGGUACCGGAUUCCAGCCCCGUUCACCCCGCGGUACCCGGUUCCAGCCCCGCUGUGCCGGUUCUAG